UUUUACUGAGUGACAGAGAGCGAGAGAUUGAGCUUUGGACUGGAGGUAACCAAAUCCUUUGUCGCCAUGGCAACAAACAAAGGAGGAAGUUUACAAAGACAUUCCCUGCCCACUUCUACCCAAGUCCAGGCCAGAUUACCAACCUGUUCCAGGCAGAGAGCUAAGAGUCAGUUGUGCCAUUAAGGCAGAUUCACAACGGAGGAACAAAUCUAAAAAGUCACUUUGAGACGAUCUUCCAUAGCAAGGAUUUAAUAGCAAUGGAAACAACCUUGGCUCCUCUAGUUUGUUGUCUUCUGGUGCUGCUUUUUGCUGUGGUUCAGACCGAAAACCAGAAAUUAACUACAACCAUGGAAAAACCUGGAUUAACGUCACCUUUAUCCAACUCCACAGUCCUCGUAACUGUUUUGUUGAAUUCUACUGUGGACACAAAAGAAUAUGCCAGCACAAAGCCAAACAAUGAUACUUACACAACACCAGCAAUCAAAAACACAAGUCACCUUCAGUCUUCUCCUGUAGCGACCACCCCGUCUUCUCCAGUAGCGACUGCCCCGUCUUCUCCAGGAGCGACUGCCCCGUCUUCUCCAGUAGCGACCGCUCCGUCUUCUCCAGUAGCGACCGCCCCGUCUUCUCCAGUAGCGACCGCUCCGUCUUCUCCAGUAGCGACCGCUCCGUCUUCUCCAGAAGUGACCACCCCGUCUUCUCCAGAAGUGACCACCCCGUCAUCUCCAGUAGCGACCGCCCCAUCUUCUCCAGCAGCGACCACUUUGUCUCCUCAGACAACACCAAGCAUUCAAACUCCCACAUUUCCAGAGACAACACACACAAUAAAUCCCACACCAGAUACUUCAUUAAGUUCAACUGAAAAUUCACCUGAAACUGUCACAUCAGACUCAGCAAGCAGAACCACAAAGGGUUGGAGCCUUGAUGUAUCUGAACGGAACUUGACGAUAAUCUUCAGCGCUAUGCUCGGAGUGUUUGUUUUCACAUUAGUUGGGAUCACGUUACAGAAAUGCAGACAUAGACUCCAAUACGUGCAUCAGCCUCUUAAUAACACAAGUGAAGCAGAUGGAUUUGCGGUGGACGACGACACACUUGUGAUUUCUGGAGGACUUUACGACGGCCAUCCGAUCUACGAUAAUGUCCCACCAGCUCCUUCAGAGCCAUCCCAGUUUCGCCUGGAGUUCCUUCAUUAGUCAAUUUUUUGGUUCUACAAGCCUAAGUCUCAAAUUUGAUGCUUAAAGUCAUGGAGAAAACAAAAUUUAGAAGA